UACUCCGGGAGGGCCAAGACAGAACCAGCCGCCGAACACAAGAGGCGCAUUGGAAAUUUCAGAAGCAAGAAUGUAACUUUUAUUGACUGGGUCGAAUAAUUAUAGGCCGAGGAGGUCGACUGAAUAACUUACUCAUGUCUCGAAUGCCCCGUAUAAAGAUGUCAUGGCUGUCUCGUUGUUACGUCUCUGCUGCUCGGUCUACAUGCUCCGGCCUCCCCUGAGAGCUUCCUUGACUCAUCAGGAUGCGUGCCGUCUCGCCCCAAUCAGGCUCUGCCCUGCUCCGUUGGUCAUCAAUACUGACCUCCCUUGUCGGUGUCGUCGCAGCGGGCCCGGGAGAUGCGGACUCGGUGCGUGAUGCCAUAGAGGCUAUGAACGCCUUCUACAACGAGACAACCGGGCUCUGGGACACUGGUCCGUGGUGGCAUAGCGGAGUAGCCUUACGCGCCGUCGCCGAGUACAUGCUCGCGACGGGAUCCGACGAGUACGUCGACAUAGCCACCUACACCGUGGACACGCAACGUGCGCCUCUAGACUGGUGGCCUGAAGGCGGCGGGGACUUCCGCGCUGACAGCACAGAUGACACGGGCUGGUGGGCUCUCGCGUUAACAUCGCUAUACGAAGUCACGGGGAACUCGACGUAUCUCGACAUCGCCAGACUCGACGAAGCGUAUAUGUACGACUACUGGAACACGACGCAAUGCGGAGGAGGUCUGAUCUGGGCGAUUCCAACCCGGACCUACCACAACGCCAUCUCCAACGAGCUGUACCUCGAGCUCACGGCCACGCUGCACAAUCUCAUCCCUGGUGACACAUACUAUCUGAACCAAGCCCUGAAAGAAUGGGAAUGGUUCAACGGCACAGGGAUGAUUAAUUCCGCAGGCCUUAUCAACGACGGACUCACCGAGGACGACGCCUGCGUGAACAACGGACAGCCCAUAUGGACGUAUAACCAAGGGGUUAUCCUCGCGGGCCUAGUGCAAUUAUCGCUCGCGACAGAGGAUUCCUCAUAUCUAGAUAUCGCGCAAACCAUCGCGGACGCAGUCCUCGCCUCAUCUACAUUAUCGCCCUCAGGGAUCCUAACAGAAAACGCAUGCGCGACUCCAGCAGACUGCGAGCCGAACGGGACCGCGUUCAAGGGGAUCUUCAUGCGCGGCUUAGCGAAACUCGACGCCGCGCUACCCGAUCAUCCGUAUCGGGACUAUAUACGUUCUAACGCGCAGUCUGCAUACGAUAACGCGAGGAAUAGCACUGAUUUCUACGGUUUCGCGUGGCAGGGCCCAUUUGAUGAUGCUGGGACUAUUGGGAAGCAGGAGUCUGCUGUUGAUUUGCUUCUGUCUGCGCUUUAGUUGUGCGUACCGGGAGAAUGUUUGUGGGAGGAGGGAAGUGAGGGUAUGUGUAUAUAGCUAGGGUGGGAGUAUGGUAUAUAGUAUCUCUGGGAGAAU